AUGGAGCUUCCGAAACUGAAUCUGGGGUCCCUUAGGGACCAGGUGACAAAAACGCUGGAGCGUGGGAAGAAAGAAAAACCAAAUAAUAAUGGGAAAAGAGCACCAAAGAAGAAUGGUAACAAAGGCCCGAAAAACAGCAAAGAGAAGCACACUGCGAAGCCUAAAUCAAAUAAUAGCCACAAGAAAGAGAGCUCUGACGAUGUUCUCAGAACAGCAGCAUUGGAAUUGGGCGCUACUGAAGAAGACAUAAAGCUGGUUGAUGGCGUGGAUGACGAAGCAAGUGAGCAAGAGUUUGAGGAUGCUCCUGUGGAUAAUAAGCUCAAAAAGGAGCUGUCCAAGUUUAUGAAGGGACUGGAUCUUGAGGAGCCGGAGUCGGUCGAGGAAGAGCAGCAAGGAGGGGAGGAGGAAGUGGAGGAGGAAGCGGAAGAGGAAGAGGAAGAGGAAUCUGAAGAAGGGGCCGGCCCAGACUCCGAAAUCGAGCCAGAAAAAAAACCUGAAGAAGCAAAACCCACCUCUAAGAAAAGCGAUAGACUGCAAAGUUUGCAGACUGUCAGCUCUGACAGACUAGUUGUGCCUCCACGUAACGACUGGUUCAACGAGAAGCUUCCAGAUGUGAAGAGCAGCACACUUCAGCCGAAAGAGAUUGAAGAGCUCUACGAGAACGCCAAACGCAUGUACAACAAGGAGCAAGAAACAUACAUUGAGGAAUUCAACAAGUCAUCGUCUCAGAAACGAUUCCUGUCCCAAGUUCUUACUGGAGGUACAUUGAACGAUAAAAUUUCUGCGCUGACUCUUUUGAUUCAGGAAUCUCCUCUGCACAACCACAAGGCUCUGGAGACCAUGUUUGCCAUGUGCCAGAAAAAAUCCAGGACAGCAGCCUUACAGUGUAUUGAAGCUCUGGUUGAUUUGUUUGUCAACGGUGUCAUUCCCGCUGAUAGAAAACUGAGAUACUUCAACAAGCAGCCACUCAGAAAGGACAUGAGUCCGAAGGAGAUGGUUGUGUUUUAUUUUGAGGAUUAUCUCAAGAAGAAGUAUUUCCAAUUUAUUGGAACGCUGGAAAAGCUUCUUCAAGAUAGCAUUGUGCACGUGCGUACCAAGGUGGUCGGCUAUGUCUUUGCUCUGCUGAGAGCAAAACCAGAACAGGAGGCCAAUCUGCUAAGAAUUGGCGUCAACAAGUUGGGAGAUAUUGACAACAAGGUGGCCUCGAAAACGUCGUACCAUAUUCUGCUUUUAGAGCAGCAGCACCCGGCCAUGAAGGAGAUUGUCGUGGAAAAUAUAUUCGACGUUCUUUUCCGCAAGAACAACGACCACCAUGCCAUAUAUUACUCGACAAUCACGAUUAAUCAGACAAUUUUGACGAGAAAGGAGGACAAGCUGGCCAACAAACUAAUGGACGCAUAUUUCAAGCUGUUCGAGAAGCUGCUCCUCGAGACAGAUAGCAGCAAUGUCACCAAAUUGAAGGAGGCAGACCACCAAAAGGACGGCAGACGCAAGAGAAAUUUCAAGCGCGGUAAGAAGGGAGGAAAGUCGGAGAAAAACGAAAAGAGCGAGCAAGAGGCACUAGAAGAGCGCAACAGCAAGAUGUUUGCUGCCAUUUUGACCGGUCUGAACAGAGCUUUCCCCUUUUCGACUCUUUCUGCGUCUGUUUUCGAGUCGCACCUUGACACGCUGUUCCGCAUCACUCACAGUGCCAACUUCAACACCAGCGUGCAGGCGUUGAUGCUGAUCCACCGAAUCACACAGAAGGGAGAAAUCAACAAGGACAGAUACUACAGAACACUGUACGAGAGUUUGCUAGAUGACCGGCUCGUGUCCUCGUCGAAACAAAAUAUUUAUCUGAACCUGCUUUUCCAGUCGUUGAAGGAAGACACCAACAAGGACCGUGUCAUGGCCUUUGUCAAGCGGAUAUGCCAGGUCUGUCUGAAUUGGAUCAACAUCGGUCCGGUUGCCGGAAUGGUGUACUUGCUUGUCGAGCUCGAAAAAGAGGUGCCUGAAGUUCGGAACUUGGUGUUCAACGCUCCGCUCGAAGACGGCGAGCAGAAAAAAGAGUACGACUCGCGGAAACGAGACCCGCAGUUCGCGAACGCACAGGACUCGUCUCUGUGGGAACUGAACGUGUUUUCGAACCAUUUCCAUCCUACAGUGACUCACUACACGGAGGCUUUCUUUGCGAACAACACCAAGGACCUGCAGAAACCGAACCUCGGACUGUUCACUUUGGCCCACUUCCUGGACAGGUUUGUGUACAAGAAGGCCAAGAUGAAGCCUACAACGCACGGCCAGUCGAUCAUGCAGCCGCUCGCCGGCGCACACACGGGCCAGCUUCUCGUGAAGACCGAUGUGCAUGGACAGCUUCCAACCAAUACCGAAGACUGGAUCAACAAGAAGGCGUCCGAGAUCCGUCCUGAGGACAGGUUCUUCUACGAGUACUUCAGCACGAGACAGGAGAAGGCGCUGGCCUCGAAGAUGGACAGGGAGUUGAACAGGAAGGUGCGCGAGGACGACGACGAGGAGUCUGAUAUCGACGAGGACAGUGUGUGGAACGCCCUGGUGAAAAGCAAUCCCGAGGUGGAGGGUCCUAGCGAGGACGAGCUGUCUGACUUUGAGAUGAGCGAACUGAGCGACGAGGAGGAGCAGGAAGAGGUGGAAGAGGAAGAGGAAGAGGACGAGGACGAGGACGGACUGGUCACUUUGAGGACUGUGGACGAUCUGGAGGACGAUGACGAGGAUGCUGAACAGGAGGAGGCCGAGCCGAGUACGGGCAAGUUCAGCGACUCGUCGGACUCGGAUAUUGGGGAGCUGAUGGGAGAGUCGGAAGACGAGUCGGAGGAGGAAGAGGAAGAGGAAGAGCAAGAGGAAGAGGAAGAGGAGGAGUCCAGAAAGCGGUCAAAACAGUCCACCGGACAGUCGAAGAAGCUCAAGUCGCUGCCUACGUUCGCCUCUGCGGACGACUACGCCGAGUACUUGAACUCUUCCGAAGACGAGUACUAG